UCCUUGUGCAAGACCAGCUUUUUCUUUUUCAUUGGAAAUAUUUUUUAUGUGCCAGAGCCAGAUGGAGAGGUUUAUACAUCUUGUCAUCUUAGUGUCCUUGUCAGAUGCCUAUGCAGCAAAUAAUGUUGCAGUCGUGUAUGGGAUUGAAGGGGAGUCAGUCUCUAUCAACUGCACCUACAAUCCCAAGGAGAAUCAGUGGAGAGAAAAGAGUUGGUGCAGACACAUCAGCAAGACAGUGUGCCAGCAUGUUGUCAGUGCCCGGCGUUUCUGGAUGCCAUUCCUCAAGAGGAGGAAUGGCACCACUUCCAUCGCUGAUAACAUCCAGAAUGGGAUCCUCACAGUGACCAUCAACCCACUGAAGAAGGAGGAUGCCGGAUUGUAUCAGUAUAAGGCAGACUUCUUGGGGAGCAUGAGUACCCUGUGCAAGGUGAAGCUGAAGGUUCUGCGAGCAGGCACAUGGAAGACUGAGGCACCAGAGGAGCCCAGAGCAGUAUACAGCAUCUCCAGCACCAUAGGAACUGCUGGAAUAAAUCUGCACUUCGUUGUGGCUGGAUUCCUGGGUUUCAAAUGCCUAGUUGUUAUAUUCCUCUUGAUUAUUGCCUGGAGCCAGAAGAACAGAAGGUUGGAGGAUGGCAGCAGAAGGGAAAAUGAGCACCAGCUUCUCUCAUUCACAGGUGACAUCACUAGUACAGCCUAACAAGAAAAGGUUGUUAUAACUAGAUGUGAUGGAAGGAAGGCAAAGAACAAGUAAGAAUUCGCUGAUAGGAGCAUGGAGAUGGCUCCUGCAGAUACAGCCAGCAUAAGAAAGACCUGCUUGCUUUAUCCUUUCACCUCAUGCCCAGCACAAGGACUGCCGUGGUUUCACUUGCAAAGCCAACAGGACAGAUGGAGACAACUGUGCUUUGCUAUCACGAAUAAAAUAAAUGUGGCCUGGGGAGUAUAGUAACUGUAAGGGAUCUUCUCUCUUG